AUGACAAAUGUUUCACACAAUUCAAAAGAAAGAUGCAAAGGAAAAAAUCAAAUGAUUGUGCAUCUUCUUGUAACUGUAUUUGGCAUAUCUACUUGGAUUGGUAUCAAUGGGAUAUAUGUACAAGUACCUGUGCUUAUCAGUACCUUACCUGAAAGCUGGAAUUUACCAGCUUAUCUAGUACUAGUGAUACAGGCUGCAAAUGUUGGACCUCUACUUUAUACCAUAUUGGAACAUUUUCAAUGGAAGAUAAAUGACUCCUGGUUGAUACUGUGUUUGUUAGUUUCAGGCAGUUGUGCAAUGUGUUUGCUAGUAUUCUUCUAUUCUGAAAAAACUGUUAUAAAUGGAAAUGAAUAUAGUUUGUCAUUAUUCAUUUUAACAUUCUUCAAUGCUUUAGUGGGAUGUUUUAGCUCUGUAUUAUUUAUGCCGUACCUUCGUAAUUUUAAUAAAAAUUACUUGGUAUCAUUCUUUAUAGGAGAAGGUUUAAGUGGUGUAUUACCAAGUGUAGUUGCUUUAUUUCAAGGAAUCGUAGACAUGUCUGAAUGCACAACUUAUAAAAAUGAUACCACAGAUUUUUCUAAAGGGGGUUUAAAAUUUUCUUCAAACGAUUAUUUUCUUUUCAUUUUUAUCGUCUUAUUUUUAUCUUUAACUGCAUUUCUCAUUCUAGAAUAUUCUUCAUUAGCAGAAAAUGUAAAAGAUAGUCAUAAGUUUGAUAAUACAGUGUCUAAUGAAACUUCCAACGAGUUAAAUAAUACACACAAUAUUACAAAUUUACCAUUAGAAGAAACAAAUAAGGACUUUGAUCAUUAUAAUAACGAUAAGAAGAAGAAGAACUUAGUAACAAAAGUGCAAUAUUAUUUAUUUUUGCUAUUAACUAUUUGCUGCUUCUUCAACAAUGGUUUCUUUCCUAGCAUACAAUCUUACUCUUGCUUACCAUAUGGAAAUGUAGCAUACAAAUUAUCAAUUACAUUGGCCCAGUUUGCAAAUCCAUUGGUAUGUUUGUUAGCAUACUGGUUUGUAGUCUCUGAUAUAAGAAGUAUUAAUUACUUAUCUAUAAUAUGCCUUGCAUUUGGAAGCUAUGUUACAUACUUAGCAUUAAUGUCACCUACUCCACCACUGCAAGAAACGACGCUUGGCGUUUUUCUCGUUGUUUUGGCAUGGACAGCUCUGACAGGCUUUAUUUCCUAUUUAAAAUUGACUAUUGUAUCAGUACUUAGAAAUACAAUGCUACCCAAAAUGCUCUUUAAAGCAGGAAUAUUUAUGCAAAUAGGAUCUGCAAGUGGUGCUGUACUUACAUUUGUGGCAAUUAACUUCACAAAUUAUUUCAAAAUGCAUGAUAAUUGUAAUUAAUGAAGUAAUAUAAUUAUAAUAGCUGUAUGCACUGUUUUU